CUGCCCUUGUGCUCCACUGUAGUUGGAUGAAUCAGUCGACGUUCAAUGGUCUUUUGAGAAAUGACUGAGCUUUUGUAGUAGAACGCUAACUUUAGCUAGGCUGCUAGCUGCUCGUCAUAUGUAAGGAUUCUUUUAGCCGAAGACAAGAAGUGGAUUUGAGUGCCAACGCGUAACCGAACAAAUAUAUAGAUAUAUUUUUUAUCUGAUUAGCACUAACAUAUCAACGUCGGUUCUUGCUAGCGUUUAGUGUGAAGAGAAGCUAUUUUAAGUUGGUUAAAUGGCUACCGUGCGUGGCAUCAACUUGUGACUCUCUGCUUAGUCACAUUGGAGAAAGCUUGCCAAGAAAUUGCUAUUUUAUUUUUGUCACAUAACAUAACAACGGAGUCGAACGAAGUAAAAUAACCCAUUUGAACUAUACUUUGUGGAUUUGGUAAUAUGAAAGAGGCACAGUGGGAUGGACUGGGAUUUGUUCCUCAAAAAGAUAUCGUAUAUAACAAACUUUUGCCUUAUGCGGAUAGACUCGAUGAAGAAUCCAAUGAUAUUUUGAGUAAAAUUAAGGGGAACUUGGCCCGGGCUGUGCAGUUCAGAGAAAUAUGGCCCGGCGUGCUGUUUUGGACCAGGAAACUUUCCACGUACAUACGUCUGUAUGGCCGGAAGUUCAGCAAAGAAGACCACGUGCUGUUCAUCAAGUUGCUAUACGAGCUAGUUACCAUCCCUCGUUUGGAGAUCAGCAUGAUGCAAGGCCUGGCUCGCCUCCUCAUCAAACUGCUCAAGAAAAGAGAGCUUCUCUCAAGGGACGACCUGGAAUUGCCUUGGAGGCCUCUGUAUGAACUGCACGACAGGAUACUUUUCUCCAAGACAGAACAUCUGGGCCUCAACUGGUUUCCCAAUUCUGUUGAAGGUGUGCUGAAAACACUUGUGAAAAGCUGCAGGCCUUAUUUUCCUGAGUCUGCAACCCAAGAAAUGCUGGAUGAGUGGAGACCACUUUUUUGUCCAUUUGACGUCACCAUGCAGAGAGCAAUCUGCUAUUCUGAACUCUUUCUACCCACAACCUUGCCACCAGAGCUGCAUCAUAAAGGCUUCAAGUUGUGGUUUGAAGAGUUGAUCAACUUGUGGGUAUCUGUUCAGAAUCUUCCAAGCUGGGAGCUGAAUCUGAUGAAUCUCUUUGCUCGCUUGGCCAAUGACAACAUCGGCUACAUUGACUGGGAUCCUUAUAUUCCCAAGAUUUUCACAAGAGUCUUGAGGAGUUUGAAUCUUCCUGUGGGGACCAGCCAGAUGAUGUUCCCGCGAUACUUGACCAAUGCCUACGACAUUGGCCAUGUGGUGCUAUGGAUAUCAUCACUACUGGGUGGGCCAAGUAAACAAACACAAGCACAGCUCACUGGCCUUUUCAACAGCAUCACGUCAUUCUUUCACCCAUCAAACCACGGUCGCUGGUUGAUGAAGCUCAUGAAAUUGCUGCAGCGUCUUCCAGCCAGUGUUGUUCGUCGGCUGCAUAGAGAGCGCUACAGGAAGCCGUCAUGGCUAACGCCGAUCCCUGACACACACAAGCUGACAGAAGACGAUAUCACACAAUUUGUGGAAAGUAUGAUGCAGCCAGUUCUGCUGGCCAUGUUCAGCAAAACAGGCAGUCUCGAUGCUGCCCAGGCUCUGCAGAACCUAGCUCUGAUGAGGCCGGAGUUGGUCGUUCCUCCAGUUCUCGAGAGAACAUAUCCGGCACUGGAAACUCUAACAGAGCCCCAUCAGCUGACAGCCACUUUGAGCUGCAUGAUCGGUGUAGCGCGAAGCCUCGUGUCUGGUGGGAAAUACCUUCCUGAGGGUCCGACUCACAUGUUGCCACUACUCAUGAGGGCCCUUCCCGGUGUUGACCCGAAUGACUUCAGCAAGUGCAUGAUCACUUUCCAGUUCAUUGCUACAUUUGUGACACUUGUGCCUUUGGUGGAUUGUUCAUCUGCUCUACAUGAAAACACAGAAUUGACAGAGGUGGAAAGGGAAAUGUGCUCAGCCUCUGCGGAAUUCGAAGACUUUGUGCUUCAGUUUAUGGACAGGUGCUUUGCGCUGAUCGACAGCAGCACUCUGGAACAAACGCGUGAGGAAACGGAAACUGAGAAAAUGACACAUUUGGAGAGUUUGGUGGAGCUCGGUUUGUCUUCUACCUUCAGCACCAUUCUCACUCAGUGCUCUUUGGACAUUUUCUUGGUAGCACUGGAAAAGGUUUAUAACUUUGCAACCACCAACAUUUUUGAGACGCAUGUUGCUGGACGGAUGGUGGCAGACAUGUGCCGGGCUGCUGCCAAGUGUCACCCUGAAGAGUCUCUUAAAAUGUUUGUGCCUCACUUCUGCAGUCAAAUACACCAAAUUGCUGCCAAUGAAGAAGUGUUACAUGAAGAGGAACUUGACAAGGAAUUUUUAUGGAAUCUUCAGCUACUGUCUGAGGUCACACGAGUGGAUGGUCAAAAGCUUCUGGCCUAUUCUUCUGAAUUGGUUCAGAUUUUGCAGUUGACCCUUCACCUCAAGUGUAAGCAGGGCUACAUCUUAGCAUGUAACUUGCUGCAUCAUAUGCUCCGCUCCACUGCCCUCAUCUAUCCUACGGAAUACUGCAGUGUGCCAUGUGGCUUCCGCCAACCAAUCACAGACUACCUACCAAUCAAGGAUUGGGGCCGUCCAGGGGACUUGUGGAACUUGGACAUCCGGUGGCAUGUACCCAGUGCUGAUGAGACUGCUUUUACUUUUUAUUUACUGGACCUGAUCCUUAAGCCGGAACUUAAGAGACUUCAAAGUUUUGCUGAAGGAGAACAAGAAAUGAGCAGAGAUGAUGUCCUACAGAGUCUCACCAUUGUUCAGCACUGCCUUUUGGGAGCCGGUGGUCUCAUGCCCCCCUUAAAAGGAGAGCCUAUACCUGAACUGGUACAUAGUAUGGUGAAUCUAGAUGAGACCACACUCUAUACUGGAACAACGUAUGACAAGUCAAGAGAGAACUACAGAGAUUCCAUUUGUCAAGUGAUGAGGCAGUUGCUUCAUUAUAUACUGGUACAUUCUGAAGACGACACCAAGUCUCUUUUCUCCAUUAUCAAGAUUAUCAACGAAUUGCUGCACUUUAAUGGUUCCCACAAACAUGAAUUUGACUCUCGCUGGAAGAGCUUCAACCUUGUGAAAAAAUCGAUGGAAAACCGGCUUCAUGGAAGAAAGCAGCAUAUCAGAGCUCUGCUCAUAGACAGAGUCAUGCUGCAGCAUGAAAUGCGCAAGUUGACGGUGGAAGGAUGUCAGUACAGGAGCAUCCACCAGGAGCUGAUGAGAGAUUUGUUACGGCUCUCCACAAGCACCUACAGCCAAGUACGCAGCAAAGCUCAAAGUGUACUAUUCACUGCACUUGGCACUUACAAUUUCUGCUGUAGAGAUGUGAUCCCUCACGUCCUUGAAUUUCUCAACCCAGAUAACAGCAGCGUCACACAGCAACAGUUCAAAGGUGCCUUGUAUUGUCUGCUCGGGAAUCACAGUGGCGUGUGCCUGGCCAAUUUGCAUGACUGGGAGUGCAUUGCUCUGACGUGGCCUGCUAUUGUGCGAUCUGGCCUCAGUUCAGCCAUGUCUUUGGAAAAGCCCUCCAUAGUGAGACUCUUUGACGACCUUGCUGACAAAAUACAUCGACAGUAUGAGACCAUUGGCAUCGACUUCUCCAUCCCUGACGAGAUCUGUGAUGUGGCCAAACAACUAAUGGUAACUGGAAAUCCUUUUCCUAAAGACCCUGUUCCUUCAGAGGAAGAAACAUCAAAAGGUGUCAAGAGGCAGGAACUCAAGAAUUUAGAAGCUGGCGAGAAGUACGAGCAGCUCAUAGGCGAUUUGCUGGAAUGCCUCGGCAACAGAAAUUUACCUUGGAAAUUUGAACAUAUCACUAUCGGCUUUUUGUCAUUGCUCUUGAGAGAUGACUACCAGCUCCCGCCAGCAGCUGUUUUGUUCUUUGUCAAAACCCUCAACCAUGACUCGCUCUACAUCCGGAAGGUAGCAAUAUCAGCUGUCGCAGGGAUAAUGAAACAAAUAAAAAGGCCUCAUAAAAAAGUGCCAGUAAGCCCAUUGGAGCUUUGUAAGCAGCACAAAGGUACGCUUGAAGAGACAGGAGGUGGUAUUGUGGCCGGUGACCGCCUAGACAACAAAUGGCUGCAGUAUAACAGCAACAGCCUGCCAAGGACUCAGCAGGACUGGGACCUCUGUAUUUUUGUGGAAAAGACCCAUUGGGGUUACUACAGUUGGCCAAGGGAACUAAUGAUGUAUGCUCCUGAGGAAGAGCAGCCCAAACAGAACCUAACGAGAGAGGAAAUGACAGAGCGGGAGCAGAUCAUCUAUGACCAUUUCUCAGACCCAGUAUUCAUCAAUCAGUUCAUUGAGUUUCUUUCUCUAGAAGAUCGAAAGGGCAAAGACAAAUUUAGCACACGCAGAUUCUGUUUGUUCAAGGGUUUGUUCCGCAAUUUCAGCGAUACCUUCCUGCCUCUGCUUCAGCCUCACAUGCAGCGCUUGGUAGCAGACACCCAUGAGAGUAAGCAACGUUGUGUUGCAGAGAUUAUUUCUGGCCUAAUCAGAGGUUGCAAGCACUGGAAUUAUUCAAAGGUUGAGAGCCUUUGGAAAGUGUUGUGUCCACUCCUCCGUACAGCCUUGUCCAACAUCACUGUCGAAACAUAUGCAGACUGGGGCACCUGCAUCGCCACUGCCUGUGAGAGUAGAGACCCUCGUAAACUUCACUGGUUGUUCGAGAUGCUCAUGGAGUCUCCAGUCAAUGGGGAGGGAGGCUCUUUUGUCGAUGCAUGUCGUCUCUAUGUGCUACAAGGAGGCCUUGCUCAGCAGGAGUGGCGUGUGCCAGAGCUCCUUCACAGAUUGUUGCAAUAUCUGGAGCCAAAAUUGACUCAAGUUUACAAGAAUGUACGCGAGCGGAUUGGAAGUGUGCUGACCUACAUCUUCAUGAUAGACGUCAACCUGCCUUACACUCAGCCGACCAGCUCGCCUCGCAUCUCUGACUUCACCGACAGAAUUUUGUUACAGCUCAAGCCCCUGAUUGAGGGCGAUGAGGAGAUCCAGAACCACGUGGUUGAGGAGAAUGAGGUGGGAGAACAGGACGAGCGAACACAAGCAAUCAAACUUCUCAAAACAGUGUUGAAGUGGCUGAUUGCAAGUGCUGGACGCUCUUACUCCACUGCUGUACCAGAGCACUUGCGCUUACUGCCCCUACUCUUCAAGAUUGCUCCAGUCGAGAAUGAUGACAGUUAUGAUGAGUUGAAGAGAGAUGCAAAGACCUGCCUGUCUCUCAUGUCUCAGGGACUCCUUUACACAGAGCAGAUCCCAAUGGUCCUUAAUGCCCUGAAGGAGAUUGCAGGCAGCAGCUCUUGGCACGCUCGCUACACGGUCCUCACAUACCUCCAGAUCAUGGCGUUUUACAACCUGUUCACCUUCAUGAGUGACCAGAAAGCAGUGAAUGACGUUCGAGCGCUGGUUAUAAGACUGCUAGAGGAUGAGCAGCUGGAGGUAAGAGAAAUGGCCGCCACCACUCUCAGUGGGUUCCUCCAGUGCAAUUUCCUCUCCAUGGACGCACCGAUGCAGGCCCACUUUGAGGCUCUUUGUAAGACUCGCCUGCCCAAAAAGAGGAAGAGGGGCAUUGGCUCAAUCGUCGACACGAUACCUUCUGCAGACCUUGUGCGCCGCCACGCAGGUGUUCUCGGGCUGAGUGCUUGCAUUCUCUCCAGCCCAUAUGACGUGCCCACAUGGAUGCCCCAGCUAUUAAUGGACCUCAGUGCCCACCUCAAUGAUACCCAACCCAUUGAAAUGACUGUGAAGAAAACCCUUUCCAACUUCAGGAGGACACAUCAUGACAACUGGCAGCAGCAUAAGCAGCAGUUUACAGAUGACCAGCUGCUGGUUCUGACUGACCUUCUCGUGUCCCCAUGUUACUAUGCCUAGAAUUUGACUGCAUUCAGGCCAACCUGUUUUGAGGAAGUCGCUGCAGUUCCAAGACACCAGAAAGUGGCACACAAAAUUGUUUGAAAUGUUGUGUAUUCUGUAGCUCAUUUACAUUUCAUUCUAUACUUAAUAUUUAAGGAACAAUCAUGGCAGGGAUGGAUGACCUGCAGUGUGUAAAAUUUCUGUACAGUUUUCUUUAGGGGGGGUGCUCGCGUGUGCGUGAAAAUGUAUGGUGUGUCAGAUACAUUUUCUCAGGAUUGCAUCCCAUGAAUCAAUUCAGCCAACAUGAUUUCCCGAUGUAGGGCAAGUUCCUUGUUAUCAUCAUUCUGAGAUUGACCUUAAUGUUUUAAGAAAGUUGUGAACAGAAAACUUUGGCUUAGACUGUAUCACAAUGUUUGUUUGGCUGUUUAUAAAUUGCUUGAGUAAAUAUGCACAAACUUGACAUAUUUAUUUAUUUUAUACGUUGGGUGAGAUUUGGGGGGAGGUGGAGUACUGGAGCCUAUUUUCAUGUACACCUCCAGAGAAAACGGAGAGGCUGCACUCCCAGAUUAGGUGCUGUCAAUUGGUUUAUCGAGAACCUGAGCACUUUUUAAGGUUCCCAGUACGAAAUGUCAUUCACUAUGCCGAAACAUAAUUACAAUAAUCAUAGAUCCCCUCAACUAGAACUUGCUGCAUUGGUUUAUUUGCUCAGAUUGUUUCCCCAUAGCCUAACGACUUGAAAUUACAAACAUUUGAAGCAUUUAGGAAAUACCUCACCUUUGUAUAGUAUAGUGCCAAAAUUGCUUUUUGGUAGAUGUACUGUUUGCCCGUUGUAUUAUAUUAUGUAUUAAUAAAUUGUUUAUAAAACUAUCAGAGUCAA